UGUGCAACUUCACAGCACUGUUCUUGUCUCGUGUGUGUUCGCUGUUUUGCGGAAUUAUUAUUAUUGAAUUAAAAUGUCUUUAUUAAGGCAUAUCCGCAAACUGAAUGCUUUGCAACGGCUUCAGCUAGGUGUGGAGCAGCAGCGACGCCAACUUUCGGAUACGGCUCUAAAGAAUUCAACCCUACAAUAUGAGAAAGAUCCCCAGCCGUUGUUCACAGAUGCCGAAACACAGCGGCUGCUUCAGUCCAUGACGCAACUGCAGCUGGAUAAAGUGUUCCGAAAGCGUACAGUGGCUGACAACAGUACGGAGACCAAGUUUAUGACCACCGCUCAGCUGGAAAGAGAGUUUGAUCAUACUAUUGAGAAAGCCAAGAAAUUACUGCAAAUGCCGCCCGUCGUUCAAGUCAAGCAAGACACUGAACGCAUCAUAUCGAAGGAUCCGGCUUUGAAAGACUUUGCCACAACCAAAUAUGUCUUUACGGACAUCACAUUUGGUCUACAGCACUCGCAGCGAAAAGUGGUUGUUCGCGAUGUGGACGGCACCUUGGCUUACGCAUCGCUGGACAUCACGAAGCGGAUGAACCAGCUAUAUUUCCCGCUCGACGGUCGCAAAUCCUAUACGCCGCGCAUGUUCAGCGACGAGCAACUAUUCCAAAGGUGUCUAGAUGAUAACAAAUACGAAUUUGUGCUGGAUCGUCUCACAGUCCAAUAUGAACCCUACGAGUCGGAGUUUCACAACAUUUCAGCCAAGGUAUUUGAGCACUUGAAUGAAACAAAGCAGUUUGACUUGUUGCGAUCUACUCGUCACUUUGGACCCAUGGCCUUUUUCUAUGCCUGGCAUCGUUGCAUUGACGAUCUCCUAUAUGAUAUGAUACGCCGGGAUUAUCUGAGUAAUGCUGUCGAGCUGAUUGCGUUGAGCUACAAGUUGCACAAAGUGCCGGUGGAUUACAAACAGACGCUCAAUGAAUUGAAUGCAUUGCAGCCGGCUCCAGACCAGAAAGCACUCGCUGAACUGCGCAGCUACCUCAGGAAACCGAAUGAGAAGGGCAUCCAGGAUGAAAUACAAACAGCGAUUGGUAAAAGUGAGCAGGAUUUCGCUGCCGAUGAGAUUAGCUUAAAGUUCAUUGAGCAAUACAUUGGCAGUGAACAUGCGCUGAAGAAGGUGCAACUGGAGUUGGCGGUUCAAACACUAAAGGAGCUCAACCUAGAGAAGCUACAGCUUUACCAAGGAUUAAAGAAGGCACAUGGUGUGCAGGCGUCAUAAACGAUCAUUUUUAUUGUUAUUAUUCACAUAAAUAAACACGAAUUAAAAUUAGAAUU